AGAGAAAACGACAGCCCCGAAAGGCCGAAACUCCAAACUUGGCGCUUGGUUUCUCUCGUUCAAAAAAACAGCGCUGUGGCUGCCGAUGCCGACGAUUGUCGUCGUUGAUUAAAAGCUAGUCUUCCCGUCUCUCUAUCUCGAGCGGCUUCGGCGAUGUCUGCAGAACCAUCUCGAGCUCGCAUUGAUCAGUUCUUUACUUCGAGGAAGCGGAAAAACCUGCUGCCAAAGAAUGAAAAUUCAGAUAAAGAAUCCAGAAGUCCGGCUGUUGGAUCUCCAAGCGGCAAGAGCACCCUGGAUGGGUUCCUGUCGAAGUCCCCUAAGGGCACAGCACUCGCCUCCAUAUGUGAAGCUGACGAUUCUUCGCCAAGGCAUGAACUUGUAAAGAGGAAUCUGACCUCCGAGACUGGUUCGGGUUCUGAUGCUUCUCGCAAGUUGGCCUUCAAUUCUUGUGCAGGAAAUGGCUGUGCUAAAGAAAAUAGACCCAGGGAUCAUCUGGAUUCCGCGCAAUGUCUUUCCAUUGCAGUGGUCACUGAGAGAGAAAAAGAUUCUUCAGAGGCCGUACCGUCUCAUGAAACUCCCAGCGAAGGGAAUUUGGAACUCAAAAAAUUUGCUGCAGAUUUUCUAUCUUUAUACUGCAGUGAUGUACAAUCAGCUGUAAGCUUGCCUUCGGAACCAGAGCAGAAGGGCCAAAAGAGGAAUGUUAGCCCAUCUUAUCUAGCCGCUUGCAGCAAGGUGUUAACUAAAAGGCAAUGCCCCUUAGAGGCUUCUCAUAAUUCUCCCGAACCACCCACCUGUAGAUCACAAGCAAUUGCUGAGAAUGAGGAAGUCAAGGAGGUCAAACUUAAGAUUUCGGGGGGUAAGAAGCUCAAUAGUGAAAUUAAUGUGGGUGUAAGCUUGAGAAGAUGCAGUGCUACUCCAAUUGCUAGCAACACAAAUGUGAGACACUGCAGAGAGGGUAGGCCAUGUAAUACCGAAGGUCCCUCUGGCACGCCCAAAUCUGCUGUCCGAAACUCAAUGUUCUCGCCAGGGGAAGAGUUUUGGUGUGAAGCAAUUCAAGUAGCAGAUUGUCUUCUUCCAGCCGUUACUAAACCUAGCAACCUACCUUGUUCUAGAAAUGAAAUAUCCGAUAACAAAUUGGUAGCAGAUGGAUCAUCUUUCAUGGUUCCACAAAAUAAAAAUGUUUUGAAUGGUAUCGGAGAAAUGACAUCAAAGAAUUGUUCAAAGACUUUUGAGAAAAUAUUACCAGAAAAUAUAACGGCACUGAGACUUAAUCAAACUAAUAGUGUAUCUCCAUUGCCUGUAAAGCAUUUCGACUUCUCUCAUGAGGACGGCUUGCAACAGUGUGUUGCCGAGAAAACUAAAGUUUCUAUUAUUUUCAGUAUUCAGGCAGCAAAUGAUAAUGGUGUAAACCAUGAAUUUCUUCAUCAUUCACCAGACCCUGAGCAAGAGAAAGACAUCUCAAGUGUUCCUAAUGGUUCAUCAUAUGCAAAUGAAAAUUCCUGUCAAACUGGGGCAGAUUGUAAUUUGGCUGUUUCCAAAGGAAAAUGUGUUUCAUCUACUCAUGAUAAUAGUUCUCCUUCAGGGAAUGCUCAUGAUUCAUCUAAAAAAGAGGAAACGAAUCAGAAAGUAUCAGUAUCUGAUGGCAAUCAUAAGGGGUCUGGUACUCCAUCCAGUUUUAUGCUUCCAAAGUACAGCCUACAGUUACACAGUUGGCUUCCUUCAGAAGUUUGCAGCAUCUAUAUGAAGAAAAGCAUCUCAAAGCUUUAUCCUUGGCAGGUGGAAUGUCUGCUUGUUGACGGUGUUCUAGAGGGAAGAAAUCUUGUUUAUUGUGCAACUACAAGUUCUGGCAAGAGUUUUGUAGCUGAAAUUUUGAUGCUAAGACAAGUUUUGUCUUCCGGGAAAAUGGCUCUUCUUGUUCUUCCAUAUGUAUCACUUUGUGCUGAAAAGGCCGAACACUUGGAGUUGCUUCUCGAGCCGUUUGGUAAGCAUGUUCGUAGUUUCUAUGGAAAUCAGGGUGGUGGAGCACUUCCUAAAGAUACUUCUGUAGCUGUAUGCACCAUUGAGAAGGCAAACUCUUUAAUUAAUCGCUUGUUAGAGGAAAGUCGUCUUUCUGAACUUGGAAUUAUUGUGAUAGAUGAACUUCAUAUGGUCGCAGAUCAACACCGGGGUUACCUUUUGGAGCUACUGUUGACAAAGCUUCGCUAUGCUGCUGGUGAAGGGAGCACUGACUCAUCUAGUGGUGAAAGGUCAGGAGGUAGUAGUGGAGAGGGUGGUUCAGCUCAUGGCUUGCAGAUAGUUGGUAUGAGUGCUACUAUGCCUAAUGUAGCGGCUGUUGCUGAUUGGCUUCAGGCUGCACUCUAUCAAACAGAAUUCCGUCCUGUACCAUUAGAAGAGUUUAUUAAAGUUGGGAAUACCAUUUUUGACAAGAAAAUGAAGGUUGUCCGGACAAUCCCAAAAACUUCUGAUCUUGCGGGUAGAGAUCCAGAUCAUAUUGUAGAAAUGUGUAAUGAGGUUGUUCAAGAAGGUCAUUCAGUUCUUUUAUUCUGUUCCAGUCGCAAAGGAUGUGAGUCGACUGCAAGGCAUGUGGCUAGAUUUCUAAAAAAAAUUUCUGUUGAUGCUCAUGAAGGCUGUGAGUUCAAUGAUGUAUCUUCUGCAAUUGAAGCCUUGAGGAGGUCUCCUGGUGGAUUGGACCCUAUCCUUGAGCAAACACUUCCUUCUGGUGUUGCAUAUCAUCAUGCUGGCCUCACUGUUGAGGAGAGAGAGAUUAUUGAAACAUGCUAUCGUAAAGGACUUGUACGCAUUUUGACAGCUACCUCUACAUUAGCAGCUGGAGUCAAUUUACCUGCUAGGCGGGUUAUAUUUCGACAGCCACGGAUUGGGCGUGAUUUCAUUGAUGGGACACGUUAUAGGCAAAUGGCUGGUCGAGCUGGUCGAACUGGAAUAGAUACAAGAGGGGAGAGUAUUCUUAUCUGUAAAGCUGAUGAGGUCAAGAAAGUCACAGCUAUAAUCAAUGAUGGUUGCCCCCCAUUGCAUUCUUGUUUAUCUGAAGAUAAGAAUGGGAUGACUCAUGCUAUAAUGGAAGUUGUUGCUGGUGGUAUUGUUCAAACUGCACAUGACAUCAAUCGCUAUGUUAGAUGCACACUUCUUAAUUCUACAAAGCCAUUUCAAGAUGUUGUUAAAUCUGCUCAAGAUUCUCUUCGAUGGUUAUGUAACAAGAAAUUUCUUCAGUGGACUGAAGACACUAAGUUGUACAACACAACUCCACUUGGACGUGCAGCUUUUGGCAGUUCUCUCACCCCUGAAGAAUCACUUAUUGUACUGGAUGACCUUUUGAAGGCAAGAGAGGCUUUUGUUCUCGCAUCUGAUCUGCACUUAGUGUACUUGGUUACACCCAUUAAUGUCGAUGUUGAACCUGACUGGGAAUUGUACUAUGAAAGAUUCAUGGAGUUGCCUUCGCUUGAGCAGUCUGUUGGCGAUCGAGUGGGUGUAACCGAACCUUUUUUGAUGCGCAUGGCACAUGGUGCCUCAUUUCCUGCUCAAAAUAGAACAAGAGGGAAAAAGAGUGCUUUUUCUGAGAAAUUGCGAACUCGAAAUGUCGUCUCUGACAAUAGCUUAUCUUCAGAUGAGAGAACUCUUCGAGUAUCUAGACGUUUUUAUGUUGCACUGAUGUUAUCAAGGCUUGUACAGGAGGUUCCAGUUUCUGAUGUUUGUGAAGCCUUCAAAGUUGCUAGGGGGAUGAUUCAAGCUUUACAAGAAAAUGCUGGCAGAUUUGCUGCUAUGAUAUCAGUAUUCUGUGAGAGGCUUGGCUGGCAAGAUUUACAAGGCCUUUUUGCUAAGUUCCAGAAUCGUGUUUCGUUUGGAGUUAGGGCAGAGAUUGCUGAGCUUACUGCAAUUCCAUAUAUUAAAGGUUCAAGAGCCCGGGCACUUUAUAAGGCUGGUUUGCGGACUCCUUUAGCUAUUGCUGAAGCAUCUGUUACUGAUAUUGUGAUUGCCCUUUCUGAUAGUUCUAGAUGGGCUUCUCAAGAUGAAUCCAACUUGCAACGCAGGCAGCUUGGCAUAGCUAAAAAGAUAAAGAACGGUGCACGUAAAAUCAUUCUUGACCAAGCAGAAGAAGCAAGAAUUGCUGCAUUUUCUGCUUUCAAAUCACUUGGAGUUCAUGUUCCCCAGCUGUCACGGCCUUUACUUUCUACUGUAGCUGAGGAGUUCGUUGAAGGUUCAAAAUUGGCCUGUUCUAAGGAUGAACCUAUCAAGGAUGUUCAACUCACUGAAAUGCGACUUGCAGAUCAUCAUAGAGAACCAUCAAUUGAGACAAAUAAUUCUAGUUUGAAGGCUGCUGGUGUAGAUGAUAAUGGUAAUGCAUCUAGAAUCUUGAUCAAGAAUGAAACAGUUGGCCAUCCUAAUCCUAUGGUUGACGUGCCUGUCAUGUCUGACCAAGGAAUUAUGGUUGGACUAAAGGAGGAUAACCAUGGUACCACGCCUGAUGGUCCUAUUCCAGCAAGUAAUUUUCCUGGUGGAUUUGAUUUCUUUCUGGAUCAGUGGGCUUCAGUUAAUGAAUUUUAUUUUGAUCUUCACUUCUUAAAACGACAAAAUCCAAACUCUUCUAUUCUUUUUGAAGUCCUUGGCUUGGCCAUUUCUUGGGAAAAUUCACCAGUUUAUUAUUGCAAUUUCUCUAAAGAUCUUGUGACCUACAGUAAUGUGAAUGAAUUUGACAUGUGGGAUCUUGCUAGAAAUAGAUGGAGCAAGAUUGCAAAAAUCAUGAGGCAAGAUGGUGUUGGGAAGAUAACUUGGAAUUUGAAGAUUCAGAUUCAGGCUCUAAAAUCUCCAUGUGUUUCCAUUCAAAGAUGUGGGAAGCUCAACUUUGGCAAUGUCAAAUGGGAUGAGAGUGAGAUUAUUGAUAAUUCGUUUCUUUCAUUACCUAAUAUAUUUGUGCAUAAUGGAGUUGAUCUGUGUUUGGCAAAUUGGAUACUAUGGCCUGAUGAGGAAAGCAAAUCCACUCCAAACCUAGAGAAGGUUGUCAAGAAAAGGUUGCCUAGUCAUGUUUCAGCAGCUGCUAAUCGGGAUGGUAGAUGGAAAAAUCAAAUGCGUAAAGCAGCACAUAAUGGUUGUUGCCGUCGAGUUGCACAAAUACGUGCUCUCAGUUCCUUUUUGUUAAAGCUAAUUGCUUCAGAGGGACUUGCUGAAGUGCUCUCUAAGAUUGAGUAUCCAUUGGUUGAAGUCCUUGCCGACAUGGAGCUUUGGGGCAUAGGUGUUGACAUGGAAAUGUGUCUUCAUCAUAGGCAUAUUUUAAUAAGAAAGUUAAAGGAGCUUGAGAAAGAGGCUUAUAGAUUGGCUGGAAUUACUUUCUCCCUCUAUAAUGCUGCAGAUAUUGCAAAUGUCCUUUAUACACAUUUAAAGUUGCCAAUUCCCCAGGAGUCUGCGAAGGGUAAACUACAUCCUAGCACUGCUAAGCAUUCCUUGGAUCAAUUAAGAGAUCAGCACCCUAUUAUUUCUGUAAUUAAGGAGCAUCGAACUCUGUCAAAGCUCUUGAACAGCACACUUGGAUCAGUUUGUUCAAGGGCUCAACUGUGCAUGAAGUCACAAAAGUACAAAAUACAUGGGCAUUGGCUCCAGGCAUCAACAGCAACAGGGCGCCUUGCCAUGGAGGAGCCAAAUCUUCAGUGUGUUGAACAUACGGUAGCUUUUACAACCCAUCAAACUGAUCAAUUCAGCUCAAGCUCAAUAGUAUGCAAUCAUCAGAUCAAUGCUCGUGACAUAUUUGUUCCUUCUGAAGAUGACUGGUUGCUGCUGACAGCUGAUUACUCUCAGAUAGAACUACGUCUAAUGGCACAUUUCUCAAAAGAUUUGCCUUUGAUUGAACUUUUAAGCAAACCUGAUGGUGAUGUUUUUAUAAUGAUGGCUUCAAGAUGGACUUCUAAGCCAGAAUCCUCAAUUAACUCUGAUGAGAGAGAUUGCACUAAAAGGUUGGUCUAUGGCAUCCUGUAUGGUAUGGGUCCUAAUGCGCUUGGAGAACAACUUCAAUGCAGCCCUGAAGAAGCUGCAGAAAAAAUUCAAAGCUUCAGAUAUUCAUUUCCUGGUAUCUCUACUUGGCUUGAUGAAGCAGUUUCAUCUUGCCGACAAAAAGGAUAUAUCAAAACCUUGAUGGGAAGAAAGCGUUUUCUAUCGAAAAUCAAAUUUGGAAACCACAAAGAGAAAGCUAAAGCUCAAAGACAAGCGGUUAACUCAAUUUGUCAGGGAUCUGCUGCUGAUAUAGUUAAGGUGGCAAUGCUAAAUGUUCACUCUGCAAUUGUUGAUGGAAGAUCAAAUUUCAAUGGGAUCAAUGCAGAGUAUCCAAAUCUCAAAGGACACUGCCGCAUAAUUUUGCAGGUACAUGAUGAAUUGGUACUAGAAGUUGAGCGAGGUUUAAUCAAAGCCGCAGGGAAUUUUCUGCAGUCGUGUAUGGAAAAUGCUGCAUCACUUCUUGUUCCUCUGCGGGUCAAACUAAAAUUCGGCAAAACAUGGGGUUCUCUAAAGCCUCUCCAGCUAGAACCAUAAAACUUGCACAUGCAGGAUGCAUUGGGGGUUCAAAUUUCACGUGUGCCAAUAAUAUUCUCAUCAAUUAUUCAGAUUUUGGCAAUCAAAUGAACUAUACAUGCACCUAUAAGAAAAUUAUGAUGUAUGACAGUGAAGGAAGACUACCAAAAUUAACUUGUGGCCUUCCGUUGGGGAUUGAAGAAAAUCUUAAUGGACUCAUAGCAGGAUCUACAUUCUUUGCAUUGUUCUUUUUCUACUUCCAUAAUUGUAGGAAAUUCUGUUUCGGUACACACUGAUCAUUUUUCAACAAUAAAAUGACGUCUGUUUAUCUGACAUCUAUUUGUAGACGAAUUUCUUGAAUAAUAUUAGAAUAUUUGUUUUUCAAAGCAAU